AUGGCGGAGUUUUUCAUUUCAACAAAUGUAUCAAGUUUUUCAUUCUGUGGACGUGAACUGGAAUUGGAAUACUGGACGUAUAUUUCUUUACCAGUCUCGCUAUCAAUAAUAGUAAUGUUCUCCCUUCUGGAGGCUAGAGUGAGUCUGUGGCCAAACUGCUGUAAUCGGAGACCAGGCAUCCCAUAUCCAGUAAAUCUAGUGGAUUCUUAUGACGAUCGUUGGUCUUUUUCAAGCGCCUUUGCUGUAAUGUCAACCAGUAUCUUACUCCUAUUCAGCGGACAGUGGGUCUACAACCCAAAUAUCGAUUAUAUACCCAAUAUGCUUAGAGGAACAGUGAGCAUCUUCAUCGGGUUAGCGAAUGUCUUAUUGAUAUGUGCGAUAUUCUAUCCAUUGUUAAUCUGUCUAAGAACGCAACACAAAGUCAUUGGAAAUAUCGUCGGGUUACUAUUCAAUACAGCAUGGAUGACGUAUUAUCUCAUGAUAAUGUUGUUCUGCCAAAACAUCGAAAUUCUUGCAGAUAGGACGACCAUUGCUAUAACAGUACCAGUGUUUAUUGGUUACAUGUUCUUAGAGAUACGUUUUGGCAAUGGGCUUUACGAGCAACUAAAAAAGGCAACAUGCAAGGUAAAGUCACUUACGUUAACUCCAAAUGUUAAAGAUGACUUUAAGAAGACACACUACUACGAGAGAGUCAAAUAUUUACUGACUCCAUUCAAAGAAGAGGGAGAAGUGAGUUUCUCAGUCCGACUCAGAAGAAAGCUUUACUCUGAUGCUCCUGGUUUCAGAUAUUCAGCAAGAGUUAUCUGCACAGUGGUACUAGCGACGUUAACUACGUACCAGGUUGGUCUUCUAUACUUGACGAAUUUGUACACCCUUUGGACGUAUCCAGCUAUUGCACUUGAUGAUAAAGGAAUACUGUAUCAAUCUUUUGCUGUGUUUAAUGCUACAGAGUUCAUCAUUGAGGCUAGAGAAUUCUUCAAAAUCGCUGAAGAUACGUUCUGGGCAUCUUGUUAUUUUGCCAUCCCUCUGUCAAUACUGUACAAUCUACACAUGCCGCUAUGUUACAGAGAACACACCUUAAAGUUGUGGAGAGGAAACCGAGACUUCUGUCCUAAAGAGAAGUUCCAUUUACCAUCUUUAGUGGUGGCAAAUCUUCGCUUUUCUGGAUAUGCGAUCGGAUUUUCAGCAUGGGGGUUUCUCAUAACCCAAGUCGUAUCCUGGCUCGUACUGUUCUUCGUUGUGUAUUUUAUAAUUUAUCAACUUCAGAAAACUGAUGAAGAAUUAACAUGGCUUCUCAAAUGUUUCGAGGGAUACUGGUUAACGUUCGUAACGGGGAUCGUGUUUUACUACGUCCAAGUUGCUCUGGCUCAUAUUGCUUUCUUACAAAAAGAGAAAGAAAAGAGAAGGCAUAAAGUCCAUUUGAGCCUCAACAAUAGGCGAAUGUUUCAUGUUGUAGUUUACGUGACUUUAUUUGUGAACGUCAUAGUUGGGUUAGUGUCUUGUUUGAUGAGGAUCGUCAAGGCUGUUAUCUUUGGUGUACUCUUCAUCGGGAGAAUCGAUCGAUCGACCCUUAUGAGAGGCUGGGAGUUAUGGGACCCAGGUUUUAAAUCUUACAUGGGUUUUCUGGAGCUAGAGGUUGCCCAUACACAUCCAGUUCUUGUAACAUUCUGUCAUUUUCUGUGGAAAUCAGUCGGGAAGGACAUGGCAGAAGAAAAAGCAUCUAUUGCGUUUUGGAGAAAAGUACAAACCAAGAAAGGUAAUGUUCACCAUGUGUACUUUACUUGUAUAAAUCAAGUUUUAAACCACAAAGGGAAAGUGACUGGAAGAGGGUGCCGUCAAAAGCCUCGCUGGCCACGUAAUAAAUGGUUUGUAGCAAUCACCUUAAUGCGUAAUCGUUCCUUAACCAUUGCGAGAAUGAGAAUUGCUCCAGAGUUACUUCAAGUCAAGCAAGAUAUUGAGAAGGAAAGACGAGCAAAACAGACUGGAGCCGUCUCCACAACAGUCAUUUCAAAUGGAUCAAACUCGACACUCGAUGCAGAGGGAAGCAAGACUCUUGCUCAAGACGUCAAGGAUACAGACAGCAUGUCUAUCCUUGUCAGUGUCUUUACUAAUCAAGCCGAUGUAAUGACAAACCCAUUGGAGCACUCUUCACGCAAAGUUGGUGUUGAUAUAACAGCAUUACAUGCCCAGUUCAACUCCAUGAAUGACGUCAUAACGUCAUAG